CGUGCAUGUUUCGAUAUCAAUUCUAGCUACAUAAAUCGAAAGUAAAUACAAGAAUCAAGAUGCGUCUCCAAGUUUGGUGGAAAAGGGAGAAAUCGUCUAUCCAAGAAGAAAAUAUUUCUGACGAUGAUUGUGAAAAAUUGAUGUCGGAGACAGACAAAGAAAAAACUGAAAAGAAACAAUUUUGUCAAUUUGCAGUUGUGAUAGUGUUUUUAUGUUUUUCACUUUGUGUGUCUUUUCUCGAAGUGAGACUUAUUUUUUCUGUCUUGCGAAAAAUUCAACAACUGGGGCCAGCGGAUGAUUUUCCUACUUCUUCUUGUUAUGGACAAUCAAUGUAUCCCUCUGUGGAUUCAAAUAAAAUGCUUGUGUCACUGAUGUAUAAUGAGCUGUUCCAUCAGCGACAUAAGACAAACACAUCUCCCGAGGCCGCCAUCCAGAGAUACCUGAAAGCGGGAACUAAAACAGAUAACAAAUAUCCUAGCGUAUUUAUAGCAAAUGACAACUCAAACGAUGCCUCCUUGGGCAACUUCGUAGUGAAACAAGACUCCAUAGAAAUUCCUCAGAAAGGCAUGUACGAAGUAACGACUAUUGCAACAGUCAAAAUCACCAAAAACGUCACGAAAACAACGCAUGCGCUCUACAAACAUAGAGGAGGAGUCCUGUCAUCCUUGAUGUGGAGGUCCUACUCCGCACGCGCGGAAGUCAUGGCUUUCCAUCAAAGUGUGUUACGGGACACUUUUCUUCUGGACAAGGGAGACAAAUUAAGCGUUUUUGUGUCGGGAAUAUCAAAUAUUUAUGAAAAGACAACACCAAUAUCAAUACGAUAUGUUGGACAAAAAGAUUAAAAGAAGCUGCAUUAAAAGUUCCAUUUUA